CUUCCUGCUGCUCCUCCUCCUCCUCCUGGGCUGCUGCUGCUGCUGCUGCUGCUGCUGAGGGGCUUUGGGCGUCGGGGAAUUCCUGGUUGCUGCUUCUGGGGCCGAAGCCGAGCUGGAAAGCGACUCGAGGCCGCUCCUGCCUCCUCGCCGCCGCCGCCGUCCUCCUCCUCUUCUUCUUCCUCCUCCUCCUCCGCCGCCGCCGCCGCCGUCAUGUCGGGCCAGUCGAUCACCGACCGGAUCACGGCGGCGCAGCACAGUGUCACCGGCUCGGCCAUCGCCAAAGCCGUCUGCAAGGCCACGACCCACGAAGUCAUGGGCCCCAAGAAGAAGCACCUCGACUAUCUAAUUCAGUGUACAAAUGAGAUGAAUGUGAAUAUUCCACAGCUGGCAGACACGCUUUUUGAGAGGACGGCGAACAGUAGCUGGGUAGUAGUCUUCAAAGCUCUAAUUACAACGCACCACCUCAUGAUGUAUGGAAAUGAGCGCUUUAUCCAAUACUUGGCAUCUCGAAAUACAUUGUUUAAUCUCAACAACUAUCUGGAUAAAAGUGCAAUGCAGGGCUACGAUAUGUCUACCUUCAUCAGACGAUACAGCAGAUACUUGAAUGAAAAAGCACUUUCUUAUAGACUUGUAGCAGUUGAUUUCACCAAAAUGAAAAGAGGGAUUGAUGGUGUGAUGAGGACAAUGAAUACUGAGAAACUUCUGAAAACCCUUCCAAUUAUCCAGAAUCAACUUGAUGCACUUCUUGAUUUUGAUGCAAACCCAAAUGAGCUAACGAAUGGUGUAAUCAAUGCUGCCUUCAUGCUCCUCUUUAAAGAUUCCAUUAGGCUUUUUGCAGCCUAUAAUGAGGGGAUUAUUAACCUGUUAGAAAAGUAUUUUGAUAUGAAGAAGAACCAGUGCAAAGAAGGUCUGGAUAUUUACAAAAAGUUCUUAGCCCGAAUGACCAAAUUGUCAGAAUUUCUCAAAGUAGCAGAGCAAGUUGGAAUUGAUCAGGGUGACAUUCCAGAUCUUACUCAGGCUCCCAGCAGUCUGCUUGAAGCCCUGGAACAACACCUGGCUUCUCUGGAAGGGAAGAAGACAAAGGAAGUUUCGGCUGCCAGCAGAGCUAGCACUCUGUCCAGUGCAGUUUCCACACUCGCCAACACAGGCAUGUCCUUCAGUAAAAUGGACGAAAGAGAGAAACAACAGGCGCUGGAGGAAGAGCAAGCGAGGCUACAAGCACUGAAGGAACAGCGAUUGAGAGAGAUUUCUGUGGUGUCAAAUUCUACUCCUACAUCUGCCUCUCCAAGCACUUUAUCAGGGAAGAGCAUGAAUACCAAUGCUGCUGUUGACCUCUUUGCAACACCCGCACCAACUACCAAUAGCAUGCCCAACCUUUCUACGGAUCUCUUUGACCUCCAACCUGCGUUUGUUCCAACGGUGCAGAGUACUCCCGCCAUAGCAACGUCAGCAAGCAGCGCCUGGGGAGGACCUUUCUCAUCCACAAAUGGUUGUGUUGGGUCUCCACCCCACCUGGACCUCUUUGAUAUGAAGCCGGUUGAAGAGGCUGUAAAAAGUACCACCCCUUUUGUGACAUCUUCCUUUGCCUCCAAACAAACAGUGGAACUGUUUAGUGGAUAUCCUGUUCAUUCAGCACCGCAGAAAACUGCCUCUUCAACAAUCAAUGUGGAUUUUGAUGCUGUAUUUGGUGGAAAGUCCUCAGUGCCCGAAUUUAGAACUGCAACGGAUGAGGUAUUACAACCAACAUUACCAGCACAAAAUCAGAGAGGAGCUUUAAUUGGGCAGCAAAGUGGGAAAAUUUUGGCUGAUGAUCUUGACUCUUCACUUGCUAACCUAGUAGGAAAUCUUGGCUUUGGAGGAACACCGUCCAAAAAAUCCGAUAUGCAGUGGAAUCAGCCAACAGAGAAGAGACUUACUGGUGGAACCAACUGGCAAGCAAGAACAAGCACCUCGACUACGUGGAAUACUGUCUCUGUUCCUCCUGCCCCACAGAUGGUACCUGCUCCAGUAACCUACCCAGUGAAUACACCUCAAGUGCCUGUGUAUGGAAUGGUACCUACUCAGAUGGGAGCUACACCUCUUAUGGCAUCCCAGCCUAUGAUUUAUACCCAAACAGGUCUAAGGCCAACAAAUCCCUUUGCACCUAUCUCUGGAACACAGAUACAGUUUAUGUAGAACUGCCAAAGCAGCAAGACACUUUGACAACCAAAUAUUGGUAGAAAGAAGACGGAACUUUUAAACUGCGGUCUUCACCAGGGCACAUACCUGCUCCCCGUACAAUAUAAAUUACUUUGAAUUGCUGUGCUUUAAAGAUUCUUGUUAUAACAGUCACUAUGUUAUGAAAUCAUGUUUGGUUUUGGAUAGUGUAAGACUGUUCUCAGUGGAAAGCUGGAGUAUUUUGAAGAUGAAAGUCAGCAAAAUAUGAAAAGAGAAUCCUGACUUUCCCUUAUUAACGAAGAGCCAACUUGGGAAUCCUUUGCAGCAUUUCCACCCAACAGCUAAGCCUCUAGUAAACUAGCAGAGGGCAUAAGACUUCUAUUUAUUUUCUCCCUGAACUCUGUGGCUGAUGUAAUUACGGCACUACUUAAUAAAGUUGAGCAAUAAACCUUUCGGAUACUCUUAAGGAGUACCUGAUAUAAAAAGUACUCUGAUAAGAAUAGGUCUUGCAUUAUCAUAGAUGCCAAUAUCGCGUGAAACCUGACCGCUUUUUCUCAUGUUAACCUAGCUUCUUCUAAUUCACAAAUUUUGUACUGUGAGUUUUAAAUGCUGUGAAUCAACCUUAACUAAAUAUAGGCCAUUAACAGAGAAUCUAGCCAAUUGGCAUUUCAGCAAAGUGCUGCCCAGCCAAGUGAUAGAACUAUGCUUUGGCAGAGAUUUGGUGUCUGAUGCUAGACUGAGGAAAACAGCACGUUACAGAGUAGUUUGUGCAGUCCUGGUAUUGAUUAUGGCCCACUGCACUCCUUUACACAGCCUCUUAUGUACAGAUAGCAGCAUCGUUUCCGACUCUAGCUGGAGUUGCCUUCAAGUCCCAGAGAAAGUACGUAGGCAAUGAGUCUGGGGCACUUUUUGCCCUGUGUUUAAGAUACACAGCAUCAGCAUUUUCUUAGUUGUUCAUCAGAUACAGUGCUGCACUUUAAGAACUGGAAAAACCGUAUUCCUGAACCCCUCCAUCUCUUGUGUAUAGUCUGUGGCCCUUGUGGAUGAGGGAGCAAAAGGAAAGGGGAAAAAAAAAGCCCAGUCACUACAUAAAGGAAUUUUUGUGGGGGGAGGGAGUGUAGAUAUUUGUAAACCUUUCCGUACAAAAUUUCUCCAAUGCUGCAGAAUCUUUCCCCUCCUUUCUUUGUAACACAUUCAAAAUGCAAAUAUUGUACUGCUUUAAGGAGUUUAGCGCAAAUUUCUUUUUGUAUUGAAAAAAUACGAUUAACCUUGAAGAUACAUAAGAUUUUAUUGCACUGUAGGGAGAGCGUAAGAAGUAUGAUAAUACAGCCUGAUGGUCCGUGACUUUCAACCCAGCCACCACCACCCGCCCCAAAAUAAUGAGAGGAUGACAUUAAAAAUUACUGUGUAAUUUGACACAUGGAAAUCUGGGCUUAUUUAUGAGGGGAGAUUGCAAGAACAUGAUUUUUUUUUUUUUUAAAGAAACUUUUUACUGAAGAAGAGUCACACGAAAAAACAGCUGUCUCCUUUGUAUCACUGCCUCAAUGAUUGUCUUGUCUUGAGCUCAUUUGCAGUAGCAAUAACAGCGAAAAGAAUAUGUGUUAAUGCCAACAUAGCUUUCUUUCAUAAAGUUUGCGCCCCCCCCUUUAUAGGCAUAAAAACAUUUCGAAAUGCAGUGCUUGACCUCGCUCUUACAAGUGUUUGCCAAGUUGUGACCCUUGUUCCUGGGAAAAAGGGGUUUACAGCAACAGAAAAGUACUUUUGUGGAUCAGGCUGUGUCAAAUUCUAGGAAACCGGUCUUUUCUUUGUAAGUGUCUUUUGUGUUUGUUAAUAUUGUGCCAAGAAUGUAAAAAAAAACAAAAAAACAAAUGCUUGCUUCGAAAAGGAUAUACUUGUUUUGUCAAACUAAACAUGAUUUUUUUUUAAAAAAAAGAAUCAUUUUUUUACAUAUGUGUUUGCGAUUUGUAACCACUAACUUUGUAUGGAUUAAAUGUUGCAAGUGGGGAAAAACUGUUUUAGACCAAAUCUUGGACAUGUACUGGCAAAGACAUAAACUGGAUGCAUGUAAUUAAAUGUGGAAAGUGAAUUUUCAAGGGCUUUUGGCUUUAAUGUACCCUCCAGGUUUGUCCAAAACCAAUAUUUAUUGUAGCCCCUGUACAAGCUGUACAAGGUAUGGGCCUUGUUUUAGUGGAUAUUCUAGUGGGUUAAAUCAACUAAUCCUCAUUUAGGAUUGUAUAAUCUUGCUUCCAACCAAUUUUCGGUUUUUCAAUCCAGUUUAGUCCAGUACAUGUGUUUUAAAUGACAUGGAUUUUAUAAUAACUAACUAGAAAUGUUUGAUCUCCGAGGUUGUGACCGUGUAAAGUUUGAGACUGUAAAAUAAGAACAACCUUUUUAAUGCCCAGAGAUUAUUUUCUAAUCAUUUGGUUUUAACUCUCUUAUGUUUAAUUUAUUACACUUACUGGCUGCAAUCUUACAGCAGGGAACUUCAUGCAAUACCCAACUCCUCAGAAAGGGAAGCUUCAACUCUCCAGAUGAAAGUGACUUUCUAUGUUUUGUCUAUAUGCUCAUUCCUUGUUUUAAUGCAAUUAUGACUCAAAGCAUAGCAGUCAUAAUCGCAAUGUUCCCAGCGCAACAUAGUGAUAUAUAAAUCCUGAACACUUACAAUUCUCUUUGAUUUAAUUGCAAUAUCAUCCAUAACGGUGGGCCAUAUUUAAUUACAGUUUUUCUUCGUACCCUAUCCUUCAGGGCAGGUCUCUGAUCUGUCAAUAAGUUAAACGUGCAUCUGGAGUGUUUGUAUCUUCCCAUACUUAGAAUCAUCGAACGAUAGAAUAGUAGAGUUGGAAGGGGCCUAGAAGGCCAUCAAGUCCAACCCUCUGCUCAAUGCAGGAAUCCACCUUAAAAUAAAUCUUUGUAUAAUCGUAACAAGUGAUGCCCAACCAACAAUAGCCUCUUUCCCACCGCGUAGGUGCAAAACGUGACCUGUGCUUACCACACCUUUCAGCAAUUUGCAUUAGGAAGUAAGUUUCUCCUAAAUAAACAUGAUGUCCAACAGACCCUAUGAAAUAACAUUAUUCUUAACCUGCAGUGGAUUGAGGAAGUGUUUUUAAGGAUUUAGUGUGAUUUCUAUCAACUUCAAUGUUCCUUCCCAUCCUUAUCAGGUAUAAAUUUGAGGCUCGCAUUUUCAUCCUAUAACCAUGGAGUUGAAUUUCAUGACACAUGAACUCUUCCAAUACAAUAAGCAAUUCUGGGUUUGUUUGUUUGUUAUUAUUGUUGUUCAAUAGAGCAAUGGCAUUUGGUCCAAAAGGUUUUUCUCAGUAGGUGUGUAGCAGCUGUAAAUAUUAGCAUUGAAACUUUGGAGGUAAUAUUUAGUCUGUAGUUCUCUAAAUGAUAUUUAAACAACCUUACUCAUUCACUAGGUCUUUAAUAUAGAAGAGGUGGGGAGGGCCAUCCGGAGUCUCCUAGCCAGCCACUAAAUCCAGGAGUGUUGCCUUUGCUUCAUGUUCAGGUUGGCACAAGAGGGGACGGAGGAAGCGGAAGCGGGUUUAGCAGCAUCCAGCCAUGGCAGGUGGUGCUUACAUCCAAACUGGUAUAGAUACCUGUCCUUAAGGAAUUGCAUCAGCAGAGCGGUCUGGCACGUGCAAUCCAUGUGCACUGCUCAAUCCAUGUGCAAUAUCUGGAGAUUUGGAGCCCCCCGUCUCUAGAAAUGGGUGUAGCAUGUGGUUAUUUGCUGCAAGUUUGCAAGGCAUCAUUUCAGUAGCUGACCUAGUGGAUAGGUGGUGGUCACUGUUAACUUUAUUGGAAUUACUGUGGCUGGAAUGACACGUACAUUCUUGCCAGAAAUGCUAAAAGUACAGGUAGCUGUACUGCUUUCAACUUCCAGUUGGCUAAAGGUUGUUUACAGUGAUAUUAGUGUUGUUAUAAUUGAACUGUCUGGAGAUGCUGGAUGAUAUAGCUCUAAUGGCGAAGAGUGGAAUGUGGGGGAGAGCCCAUAAAUUUUCUUUCAUACAUUCUCGACAUUUUGCCCCUUCCCUAUUUGAUAUAAUUAUUAAUAGAUUAAGACAAACUAUAAAAACAGCAUCCUUGCUAAACCCAGAAUAUGCCCAUCCAAGACAUAUAUCACAAUCCUAUAUACACUCCUUGGUGGAGCAAAUCCCAUGGAGUUAAAUGGGCUUACUUCCGAGUAGAAAUGCACAGGAUUGUGCCACAUAGGUUUCCCUUGAAUUGGUUUGUUUAUGAGAGAACUGUUGCCUUCCAAGGAAACCGACUUUUGACCAACUCCUUCCGUCUGAGCUUAUUGAGAAGAUUAAAAUGCUUUAGCUCCAUUUCUAGUUAGUUAAUGUAGGAUUUCAUCCAGUAAUAGUUUGACUACAAAUGUGUGUUUGUAGUCCUAAAAUGUUUGCAAGUGGAGCAAUGUUAUUAUUAUUAUAUUUAUUUGUAUCCCGCCUUUUGCCCAAUGCUGGGCCUUAGAAAUGUUGUGAUUUCCUUGUUGCAAGAUGAUCUUUAGGCUGCUGCUGCAAUUCUUAAGGCUGCUAUUUUAAAAAGAGUAAACCAACUCAAAAACUAAACAGAUUGAUUUAGCCUUCCAUUGUUUUCAGCAGGUCAAUUCAUGUCUACUCAGAUGUAAAAAACAUUGAGUUCAGUGGGACUUACUCUCUAGUGUGUGCGUGCGUACAGGAUUGCGAUUUCAGUCUUCGAUUGACAUUUUCUGGGUUUAGCUCGGCUGUUAUUUUAAUAGUUUGUCAUCAUUGGGCCAAUAGGGCAAGACUAAUUUUCAUACAUACUCAGAGACAAUGUUUAUGAGGAGCAGGAGAAAAGAGUACACACACACGCAUACACACACACACACAAACUUAAAAGUCAACAACAUUUUCUGUAUCCCCCCUUAAAAGUAAUGUAGGAAUUUGGGAUUUAAAAAAUAAAUUAAAAAGCAGGAUUGUAAAAUGGCGAGAAUCCUGUCUUGAAAGCAUUGGGGAAAAGGACAGUUUGAUUAUAAUGUGUAUAAUUUCUUGCUUUCUUGAAGAGGCUGAGAGGAAUGGCUGUUCCAUCAUGUAGCUUCUAGGAUGUUGUGUGAUAUUCCAACAUUGGCAGUUUGGAGAAAGGUGUUCUUCUACACACAGAACGCUCUGUAAGGACCAACUUAGAUGUGCUGGUGGUUGCCAUAUUUAUUUAUUUAUUUGGUUCACAUCUCGGACGUAGUUAAUAUACAGUUGGCAGCAGGGUCUGAUUUUAACAUGAUACAACAACAUUCGCAAGUGAGAGUUGCUGAACCUUCUCCCUCUCUAUGGCCGUACUUCCUCUUGGUCCAGUGCUGAAAUGACUUCCUUCCUCGCCUCUGUUCUGAUAUUGUAAAUGAAUGAACUGGGCUUGGAGAAAGAUCCGGGGGCAAUGAGCCACAUGGAGUUGAGGCCACGGCGUGGGAGGGUUCCGUUCCCUUUAUUGGUGUUCACUUUUUGAUGUUAAAAUCCGGCACUACCUAUCUCACUUAAUAACCAAAGUACAAAUAAAACAAAACAUGGUUGCCACUGCUAUAUUUAUUUGGCCCUAAGAAGAAGAAACAUGUUGUGAUAUUAAUGGGUAAUAUUGUCAUACUUGAAAGUGUCUCUUCUAAAGCUGUUCGUUUUUCUACAUAAACAGUCAUGUUUUUAAAAUGUCAUAAAAGACAUUUUAAUUCUCUGAGUAUGGUAAGAAUGUGUAGAGUUCUGUUUUUUUUGUUUUGUUUUAAAAAAAGGCAAGUAUACUUCUUUGCGGGGGAAAUGUCUUGACUUUAAAACUGAAUACAGGGUGUACCCAGGUCUAUUUUAUUUUAUUUUUUGGGUGUGGAUAGGGAAAGAUGGGUUAAAAAUUUAGAGUAGCACGCACUGUGGAUCAGUGCUUUUAUUUGUACAUAAAAGGGAAACUUUUCCCCCCCCUUAAGUAGCCUGCAUUUUGAGGACAACAUCGAAAUGCACUGUGUACUGGUCAUUUAUUUCCAUUUUAAAGAUUAUAUUUUGAGUAAUGGGGAACUGUACAUGUUCUUGCUACAGUUACUGGAAAUUACUUACAAAUAGAAAUGUUGCUUUUUGGCUCUGAAGAUGUAAUUUGACUUCUUGACUGUCAUGUACUGCUUAAGUAUGUAUUGUGUAGAUAAUCCCCUCCCAUAGCUAUCUAAUACACAUUUAUUUUAAAAGAUUGUAGCAACCAGUGUAGUCUCUCUUCUCCUGCUAUGACUCUUCUUUAGUAUUCUCCAAAUUGGUAAAUCUUUUGAUGAAAUAUUCCUACAUCAAACAGUUGGCUGGAAUUUCCUCCUGACACUGGAAGGGGAGCGAAAAGGUGCUAAACAUGUCUGUUUACCUAGUUUUGUUCUUCCAAUUGGCAAUUUCAUCUUAUUGUUUCUAUAUUCUCUCCUCUCACUCACCCCCAAUGCAAUAGGUUUCUUUUUCUUUUUGUUUUACUUUUUUUUUUUUAUGGAUAUCCAUUUAUUUGAGAGAACUUUCUGGUUUUAGGAUGAUUUUAAAAUUCCUGUAUACCUGCUCUUCGAGGCGGGCGGUCUUGAAGAUCCCUAUAUUUGAAAUGUGUAUUUAAAUUAUGACUUAAGUUAUAUCGUGUAGCUGAAUUAGAAAAUUGUAGGAUUUUUCCUCCCCAGCAUUGCAUUUGGUCUUUUUCUAUUCUGUAGGAAAUGCAAAGAAGACCUUGCUGGUGGUGGAGACAACUUACAAACUAGGGCUGGGCUACUUGUAGCCCUCCAGAUGUUUUGGCCUAUACGUUCCUUCAUCUCUCACAGUUGGCUAUGCUGGCCGGUUUGUUGGGAAGCGUAGCCUAAAACAUCUGAAGAGCCGCAAGUUGCCCACCCUGAUACAAACCAUAAUAGGCUGAAGGUUUGCUUGGGUUUUUCAAGUAGGUUUUCGGUCCCUUGUGCUCACUCAACAUCAAACAGGGUUGGAUCCAGACCAGAUUGGUAACUCAUUGAAACGAGAUCAGUUGGCCACGACCAUCGAAAUCAGUGGGAUUUCAGUGAAAUUAGAGCCUCGUGUGGCGCAGAGCGGUAAAGCAGCAGUUUCUGCAGCUGAAACUCUCCCCACGGCCUGAGAGUUCGAUCCCAGCGGAAGCUGGUUUCAGGCAGCCGGCUCGGGUCGACUCAGCCUUCCAUCCUCCUGAAGUCGGUAAAAUGAGGACCCAGUUAGCUGGGGGAAAGGUAAUCACGGCCAGGGAAGGCAACGGCAAACCACCCCGCUAUAAGGCCUGCCAAGAAAACGUUAGUGAAAGCUGGCGUCCCUCCAAGAGUCAGUAAUGACUCAGUGCUUGCACGAGAGGUUCCUUUCCUUUCCUUUUUCAGUGAAAUUAGCUUAGUCUGGAUCCAACCCACGGUGCUGAGCUUGGCGAGCAAGUGCCUGUUCUGCCCCCCUUCCAGCAAGCUUGGCUUUGUGGAAGGGAGGGUUAGUACAGGUCUAGUCCUUGUGGCAUUAUAGUCACUGGUGGGCCACAUCGCAUAGUUGAAGUAGAUGACGACAAAUGCAUGAUCAUAGAAAUAGUGAAGGGUGAGGGACAAGAUCAGGAUCAAGACUGACAUGAAAAAGUCCCUCCAUGCACAAAGCUGUUACUGGGGGAAAUGCCACUGGCAGCUCCUUUCCCACAGCAAAUAGCGCAACAGGAGGGGUGUCAUUGUUAGCACAGCGUGUGAGAAAGGCUUAUAUCCCUCCUACCAUGCACUGUGGCCCUGAUUCCCCACAACUGUGCCUGCUAUUUCAUCUCUUAAUAAAAACAAGGCGCAUGAAACACGAUCACGCAUCAUCUGGUUUGUUUUGGAGUAAGUUGAAGGAAAAGAGCGGCUAGACAAAGAGACCUGUGUUAACGUGAAUCCUGCAACCUUAGUAGCUGUUGGAGAGCGCCUAGAUUACAUUAAUUGGUGCUCAGACUACACAGGUGUAAAAGUGGUACUAGCCCAGGGAGGGAGAGUGGGCACGCUAGGUAUCUUUAGCAAAAAAAUAUGGGGAGUUUGUGGUAUGUUUGCACUAUUCACUGGCUAUUGGCAGAAGCAGCAGGCUAAAGUGUCAGAGGCGAGCCAAUGUUGGUGUCAUCAAUUGUGUUUGCCCUGUGAGCCAAACUUUUACAAAAUUGACAUCUACAGCACCGUAACGAUGUGUACAUUGUUUGAAGGAAGCUGUUCAGAAAGCAUUGGUGGUGAGAGUUAAGUUAAAUUUUCACGUUAAGUCAUUGACUCAGUGAGGUUCUGUUACUAUCUCAUGACCAGCAUUUAAAUAGUGUUCACUUCCUCCUAGUUGUGAUAGAGGCAGACGGUAUUUAGGAAUAUAUAUAUAUAUAUAUAUAUAUAUAUAUAUAUAUAUAUUAGAAUGCAGCUGCAGAGUUGGCUUCUUAUACACAGAGAUAAAAAAAGAGAACAUGUCUUAUAACCAUGUUUUUCCAGUUUGAGAACUAUCCUAACUUUUUAAAAUUCAGAGGCCAGCUGUAGUAGCCUCAUCAAUUGUCAAACUGCAAAAAUCUUUUGAGUGUCAAACUGCAAAAUCUUUGAAUGCUGCAUGAAUACCUAGUAGCCAAGAAAAUUAUUCAGCCAGUAUAAUUACAAUUUAUGGCUAUUCACCUCUGUGGCAAGAUUCUUUUAAUAUAUCACUAUGAUUAAUCAACUGGAAAAAAAAGGUGAUUCUGGUACAUUUGAUCCUAGUGGACGCUUAGAUGAAGCGUCAAAUUCAUGUAGACUUCAGUUUAUCAAGGAGGUUUCGAUAACCCACAACUGAUAUUUUUAAAAUGUGUUUUUUUUCAAAGGCAUAUGUAAACUCUUUGUAAAAAUGUAACUAAACCCAAGUACAAUUAAAAAUCCAAGUUGUCUUGGCAUUAAGACAUUACUGAAUGAAUGUAUCUCAUCUUUUAUUUUGGCAAUACAGUGUGGAUUUCUGCAAAUGUUUUUUGUACUUUUUUUGUAUUUGAAAUGCUUUUCUCAGUUGGAAGUUUUUAUUGCAUAUUUGAAAUGUAGUUUAUUGGCGUGUAUGAUGCUUUUUCUAUUUCACCUCCUCAAAAUAAUGUCUCUUGCCCAGGUCUUGUUUUCAUUUAGAUUGAUCCUCUCUACUUUCCCUUCCAAAAGUUGCAGAAUGUGAGCACAGCACAUCUAGCCAUGAAAAAGGAGAUUUCCAGUUCCGGUCUCUUUCCCUUCUCCCCUCACCCCACUUCCCCACCCAAACACCUUAUUUUGCUGAAGCACAGGGUCUCCUAUGUUAACACUUUAAUUCUGAUACUUCAUGACUUGAUAGUAUAUAAAACAGGGAAGUGGUUGAGACUGUUGCAUAGAGUCCUCCAUUUUGUUAAUGAAACAGGUUUUGGAAAAUAAACUUUGGCACAAAGUG